AGCGCCCCGGCGAGGCGGUGGCCGGGGGCGGUACUGCAGGCGGCCGGUCGACUCCACCUGAUCGUCCGGUCACCGGGAGACGUGACGCGUGGAGCUCGAGCCGCGGAUCGAACGGGACGAGAUGGAGAAACUGAGGAAGGUUCUGAGCGGAGAGGAUGGAGCAGGCGGGGAGGAGGUGGUGGAGAGAGCCAGUGAGGCGGUGACGUUGACCUGGGGGAGGAGAGUGAAGCUCUUCCUGUUCUUCUUCAUCCUGGGGGCGUGUCUUUCCCUCGUGGCCACCUUCAUGCUCUGGAUGCCCGGCAGCGGUCUGCCUGUGUUUGUCGUCUUCUACACUGUGGGCAACAUCUGCGUUCUGAUCAGCACCUUGUUCCUGGUCGGUCCGGUCCAACAGAUCCGGUCCAUGUGCGCUAAAGAGCGAGCGUUCGCCACCAUCCUGAUGCUGGUCUGUCUGACGGUGACUCUAUGCUCUGCUCUCUGGUGGAAGAACUACACCCUCUCUCUGAUCUUCUGUAUCAUCCAAAUAGUGGCUUUGAGCUGGUACGGCCUCUCAUACAUCCCCUUCAUCAGAGAAGGGAUCCUCAAGUGCUGUUCCUUGUGCUUCUGCUAACACACACACGCACACACACAAACACAUGUCUGACCAAUCAGGACGCAGGAUCCUCGUGAGGCCUGACCGUAAAAACGGGUGUAUGGUUGCCAUGGAGACCAGUUAGUUCUGUCUCUGGUGAUGAUCUUCUUUUUCGUUUCAGACUAUAUUUAUUUUAAAAAUGAGUUAUAGUUGAAAUGAAACUGAUCUGAUUCAGUGUUUAGCUUCUGAUCCUGGUGUGUAUGUUAUCAUACUUUAGACAGUUUAUUAAUUAUGAUCAUCAGGUCGAUAUGUAAUAACUGGUGCUGUAGAGAAACUGACAAAAAGGUAUUUUUUACUUUCUGUCUAUUUUCCGUGCGAACUAACAUUGUUUAAAUAAAUAUUUAUGUCUGAAUAUAAGAAACAGUUUGUUAUUUUAACGUCACUAAAGCGUGAAUGAAUUUAUCUUUAGACUUUAACACAACGUGACUCUGGUUCGGAUCAGAUUGUGUCUCGUCGCCUCCUCUGAUGUUGAACCUUCGUCCUCGUCCACGUCGUCUUUAUGUCCGUUAAGUCUGUAAAGCCUCUAAUCUCCCCCGCUGAUUAAAACACACACACACUCACUCACACACACACACACACACACACACCUGCAGCAGCCACAGUCCUGAUAUCGUAUGUCGUCGUGUCUGUGUGUGUGUGUGUGUGUGUGUGUGUGUGUGUGUGUGUGUCUGUGUGUGUGUGUGUGUGUGUGUGUGUGUGUGUGAGUGUGUGUGUGUGUGUGUGUAUGAGUGUCUGUGUGUGUG